UGUGUGACAACAAACAUAAUUACCCCCACACAUUGAACUCUAAUUUAAUUCGGGAAUAUACCCUUUACAUCUGCAUCUGCAACUUAAGGAUUUGCCAGGAUUCUAGCGAACAUCUUUGACCCAAUAACUGCCAGAGCAGUGAUUCUGUUCGAGUCGCACACGACAGAGUUGGCAAUAGUCCACAUUCCUGGACUUAAAGUUAACCCCUUCAAUCAUAUUACCCGACACUCUAUCGGUGUCUCCAUCUACGAGUUUUCUACCUUUUUCCUCUAAAGUCAAGCCAAACCAAACGAACCGCACUAAUUGCAAUACGAGCCAUUAAACGAGUCAUUGGCAAUUAUCUGCUGACUGGCGACUCUGGCAACAGUUUGAGCCACCGGCCAGGUCCGAGGCCAGAACCCGACCCAACAGCUACUUACGGUUAGCCAGCAAAACACUUGGCAAGCCGAGAGCAGAGAGGGGGAACUGGGCUUUGAUGUGUACGGAGAAGUAUUUAAAACGUUUGUGCCUGGUGUGGUGGUCCCUUUGGUGUGGACAUGUGGGAAAUUAUGAGCCGCGUUUGGGGUCUAACCGGAUUAAUUACCAGCUGCUGCCUGCCCCAAAGAACAACUCCCGCUCUGUGCUUGCGUUCUGUAGGAUUUUAAGCUGCUUUUCAAUUUUAAUUAAAUGCUGAUUUUAUCCUUGAUUUAUCAACUUUAAAUUGGUCCAACUGCGACGUCAGUUGUUCGAGAUGUUUUCGGCUUCCCUGCUUUCCCGUGCCGUGGCAAACAAAGUGCAUUUCAGAGGCUUGCAAAUAGAACCUUUGACAUUUUGAUGGAAACGAACGAAAGUUUUCAAGUUUCCGUUGAGCAAGAAAUUGCUUUCCUUUCGAAGGAAGCCCUGCAACUGCAAGCCUGGCAAUUAAAACGGAAUAAUUGUGGCAUUUUGUGCAAGGGAACAGAAAAAUCCACCUCCGGAAAAUGUUUGCGAUAAAAAGGAAGUCAAUAUGAAAAGUGAACAAAAUUAUGCAAUAUGUAAGCGAAUGUGUGGCGUGGCUGACUGAUAUAUAAAUAGGGCUCGGCGAGGGCGCAGCGGCACAGCAGCAUCAAGAGGCAAUGUCUAUAUACAGAAAGGCAAUUGGCCAGCUGCUGCUCCAGCCAUGCAACCACUCCGUCACUCCGUCACUCUGCCACACAACCCCAUCUCCAGGCUCUGGCUGGGGCAUCCUCCAGGCAGCUUCAACCCCAUCCCAGAGUGCGACUGGUUGUUAUGGCAUUCGCUGAACGCAUUUUGUAACAUGACAAAAUAGCGUAGCAUACAUUUCAGGGGUUGCAACUGUGCAACACGCUGCCCUGCCAUGCCCUGCCAUGCCAUGCCAUGCCCGUGCAACGAUUGGGGCACGCCUGACUUGCAGAUUGGCCGCCUGCCUCGGCUCGUGUCGGGUGCGGGUAGCCUGCGCAGGCGCAGCUCAUUGUGUCUGUGAGGCUCUUACGUAAUUCUGCCUGCCACAGAGCAGCAACAGCAGAAGCAGCAGCAGCAGUGUGAUGCUGCCACCGAGUGAAUCGAAACCCAAAGUGAAAACCAAAGCCGAAACAGAGUCUCAACUGCACUUGUUGCUGUCGGUGCGCGUCGUGCAGCAACAUUAAGUCGAGAAUCCAAAAUGCGACGGCAAACUCUCGCACAAAAAAGUGACAAAAUGAAGAAUCGAAUAUAAAUGAAGAAUAAAAUAAUGAGAAUUAUCAACUGGAUAAUGCUUAUGCCUGUCAAUCCUCCUUUCAGUUGAUCAAAAUGUGGCAUAUUGAGCAUGUGGAAGUCAAUUUUUGUGCGAACAUAACCUGAACCUAGACUUGAACGCAGACUCAACGAAUAAACAGAAUCGGAAUAAUACAAACUAUGUGAACCAGAAACUAAUUGUCGCAUUUGUGUGCCAGUCUUCAAUAGAAGUGGGAAGGAAGGGCAGCGUUUCCUUCAGUUCUCCCCACCACCGCCACCACGGCCCCCUUUUCGGUUUGUUUGCCCUUUGUGGUCUUAUUUAAAGAUUCGUUCGGUCCAAGGAUUACCCAAUAGAUACAAAAAUGGACGACGAGAGCGAUGACAAGGAUGAUACGAAAAGUUUCCUUUGCAGAAAGUCUCGGAACCUGAGCGAGAAGAAGCGACGAGAUCAGUUCAACUCCCUGGUCUGCGAUCUGAGCACCCUGAUAUCCACCUCCGGUCGGAAGAUGGACAAGUCCACGGUCCUCAAGUCAACCAUUUCAUUCCUGAGGAACCACAAUGAGGCCGCGGAUCGCUCCAAGGUGUUCGAGAUACAACAAGACUGGAAGCCCACGUUCCUGAGCAACGACGAGUUCACGCACCUGAUGCUGGAGUCCCUCGAUGGCUUCAUGAUAGUCUUUGGCAGCAUGGGCACCAUAUUCUAUGCCUCGGAAAGUAUUACCUCGCAACUGGGCUACCUGCCGCAAGACCUGUACAGCAUGAAUAUCUACGAUCUGGCGUAUGAGAUGGACCACGAGGCCCUGAUGAACGUGUUCAUGAAUCCCCCGACUGUGAUCGAGCCGCGUCAGACGGACAUCGGGGCCAGCAACGAGAUCUCCUUCUACACGCAUCUGAAGCGCGGCGGGGUCGAGAAGGUGGACUCCAACUCCUACGAACUGGUUAAAUUUGUGGGUUACUUUCGCAACGAUCCCAACACCUCGGCGGGGUCGCGUUCCGCGAGUCCGAGCGGCAGCCAGUCGGCGCCCGUGCUGCCGCGCAUAUUUCAGAAGAAUCCCAGCGUGCAGGUGGACAAGAAGCUGGUGUUUGUGGGCACGGGCCGCAUCCAGAACCCGCAGCUAAUACGCGAGAUGAGCAUCAUCGAUCCCACCAGCAAUGAGUUCACUUCGAAGCACAGCAUGGAGUGGAAGUUCCUGUUCCUCGAUCACCGCGCGCCGCCAAUCAUUGGCUACAUGCCCUUCGAGGUGCUGGGCACCUCCGGAUACGAUUACUAUCACGUCGACGACCUGGACAGCAUUGUAGCGUGCCACGAAGAACUGCGACAAACGGGCGAGGGAAAAUCCUGCUACUACCGCUUCCUCACAAAGGGCCAGCAGUGGAUAUGGCUGCAAACGGACUACUUUGUGAGCUACCAUCAGUUCAACACGAAGCCGGACUAUGUUGUGUGCACCCACAGUGUGGUGAGCUAUGCGGAGGUCAUCAAGCACACUCAGAAGGAGAGACAGAAGGCCAUCAGCAAGGACAGCAAGGCGCUGGCCGCGACGGCUAGCAGCAGCAAAUUGGCGACCGCCACCACAACGCUGAGGGACUUUGAGCUGGGAAACGAGAAUCUGGAGAGCACGCUACUGGACAAUAGCCUGGCGAAUCUAACCAGUGAGACGGCUGCCACCUCACCCACAGUGGACUCGUCACCCAUGUGGUCGGCAUCGGUGGCGGCAACAACCCCGAGCUCCUGCCAAGUCAAUCCGCUGAAGAUAGCCAGACCCGCAUCGAGCUUUGGCAACAUUAGCUCCACGGGCAUCUCGCCAAAGCCCAAGCGGAAGUGCUACUUCUACAACAACAGAGGCAAUGACUCGGACUCCACUUCGAUGUCCACGGAAUCGGUCACCAGCAGGCAAUCUGUGGCCAGCAGACAGUCGGGAGCCAGCAGGCACUCCAUGAUGACGCAUGCGAGCUCGCAAAGUCAACGACAGCGGUCCCAGCAUCGUGAUCACAGUCAAAGUCAUAACAAUAGCCAUCACCAGCAGCAGCAGCAGCAGCAGCAACAACAUCUGCAACACCUCCAGCAACAGCAGCAGCAGAUCCAACAGCAGCUGCAACAGAACGUGGGGCCGCCCAAGCUGGUGCCCAUGCUGCCCAUCGGACCCGCGCAGAUCAUGGCGGGCAACGCGUUUCCCCAGCCCACCUAUCCACUGGCCAGCCCCCAGCUGGUGGCUCCUACCUUCCUGGAGCCGCAGCAGUACCUGACGGCCAUACCAAUGCAGCCAGUGAUAGGGCCGUUUCCGGUACCGCCUGUGCCUGUCCUCUCGCCGCUGGCGGUGUCGGGUCAAGGCCAAGGUCAAGGCCAAGGUCAAAGCCAAGGCCAGCAGGAACUCGUCCCCGGCAGUGUGGUGAUGACGCCCACGCAGAGUCAGCUGCAGGACCAGCUGCAACGGAAACACGACGAGCUGCAGAAGCUGAUCAUGCAGCAGCAGGACGAGCUGAGGAUUGUGUCGGAGCAGCUGCUCCUUGCCCGCUAUACGUACUUCCAGCCAGUGGUGCAGAUGGGGCUCCCACAAAGCAACAUGGCAUCUGGCACGGCGAUGCCCAAUGCGGCGGGCGGCAGCGUACAGCGCGGAUUCAACUUCUCGGGCACGAAUGCAGUGCAGCCGCAGUUCAAUCAGUAUGGAUUCGCGUUGAACUCGGAGCAAAUGCUGAACCAGCAGGACCAGCAAAUGAUGAUGCAGCAGCAGCAGAACCUGCACAGCCAGCAGCAGCACAAUCUGCAGCAACAGCACCAGAGUCAGAAUCAACUGCAGCAGCAGCAACAUAUGCUGCAACAGCAGCAGUUGCAGCUGCAACACCAGCAGCAACAGCAGCAGCAGCAGCAACAACAGCAACAACAGCAGCAGAACGACAUGUUGUCGCGCGAGGACAUCGAGGACAUUGAUGCCUUUCUCAAUCUGUCGCCGCUGCAGGCGCUCGAGCCUUCAUCGGCGCUCAACACCAGCCACAACAACAACACUUCGUCACACUUUAACAAUGGCAAUGGCAGCAGCCAGAACAAUAUCGGCCACAGUAACAACAACAACAACAACAACAACAAUAACAACAGCAGCUCGACUGCCCCACAAAAUCACAACGAAGACUCGUUGCUGUCGUACAUGCAGAUGGCCACGAGUCCCUCGGUCAACUUUCAUAUGGGCAUCAGCGAUGACGGCUCCGAGACGCAAAGCGAAGACAAGAUGAUGCUGGGUCGCAGCAGCAACCACCUGCAACUGCAGCAGCAGCACCUACUUCAGCAACAGCAACAGCAGCAGCAGCAGCAACAGCAACACCAACAGCAGCUGCAGCAGUCGAGCAACUUUUACCACACGAAUCCAUUCCUCACCCACCUGCAGAAUCAGAGUCAGAAUCAAUUGCCCAACGACCUGGAAAUAUUGCCCUUUCAGAUGUCGCAAGAGCAAUCACAGAAUCUAUUCGAUGCGCCAAACACAGCCACCGGCGGAAGUCAAUAACACAUGUAGAACCCUAGUUCGUAAGCCCCAUAGAUCCUCCUCCAGUAUGUUUCCCUCUCCCGUGGUGGUAUUAUCUAUUAGCUAGCUGUCUCUCUAUCGACCUUCUCUUGGAACUCCUUUCGGGACUAGUUGUAGAUCUCAACAGACUGAGUAUUGUUCUACUAAGAGUUGGAAUGUGCCCGUGUGUUUGUGUGUAUAUAUGUCGUAUGUACAUACGUGUAGAAACGUUCUCAAAAUGUGUACCCAUAAGUAGGUUUUAAUUGUUAGCAAUUAGCGAGAAGAGCCCAUCGUUUGCAUAAGCCCCCAAAUUAUCCAGUAAGUGCCAUUGCGGCGCACACAGGGAUCUCUGAUAUGUAAUCGAACCUUAAACCCUAAAACGUACGCCUAAACUAGUGUACAUAACGAUGUAAGCAAUGCUAACCCAAUUGUAUAUCGUUUCCAAGACUGGGCUUCCCUACUGGAGUCAAUUUACCUUUUAAGCGUCGAUGAUGAAUGAUGGACGAUAGCUAUACCAACUCAGGUUGAGACUGCAACUGCUGUGAGCAUAUUCCGAUAAGUUUUCCUCAUGCCUGAGUUUUUCCUGAAGAGGAAAAUGAAAUUAGAUGUAGCCUACUCUCUGGAUAAGCUCAUUCGAAUAUGUUUCGAUCUUCAGCCUUGAACUUUCACAUGCAGCUAAGCCUUGUAAAUAGCUUCAACUCAACUACAACUACCUUAAUAGCUCUAGCCAACUCUGUGUUUAAGCUCUGUACAUACCUAUAGGACAAGUCGGGAGUACUUCCAUAAGCCUGUACAUAAAGUAACGAUGAUGACGGACAUGAUGAUCUAGAACUAAUUUGUACAUAACGAGAAGAUGAUUCCAAGAUGAAAAA